AUGACAGUUCUGGCCAUAUUUCCACCCAUUUACUGGUCACUUGCCGUUCUCUUUUUAUACUAUAUCUGGGACUUGGUUGUCACCAAACGAUUGAUCUGGGCGCAGAAGGAACAUCCUGUCGUGGGUAGCCCAUCCUGGUGGACACCACGAGCGAUUCUUAACUUGAUCUUCGCCACCAAAGCCUCACGUUUACUUGAGGAAGGAUAUCAAAAGUUCAAAAAUGGUACUUUCCAGCUUAUCCGGGCCAAUGGAAACAUUGUCAUCUUGCCAUUGUCGGCCUUGGAGGAACUUUCUCAACUGCCCCCUACUCUGGCCAGUCCAAAUGGGGCUCUGGAGCAUGAUCUGGUGGGAGAGUACUCUGGUGUGAACGUCAUUAGCCAAAGUCGCAUUCACCACACGAUAGUUCAGCGCAAAUUAACCCCGCGACUACCUUUGCUCACGCCAGCAUUGCAGGAUGAGCUUGAAAUUGCCAUCACAGACACUUUUCCCGCAUCGAGCCGGAAUCAAAUUGAGGACUGGACAGAGAUCAAACCAUUUCACUUGAUGGGCCAGCUGGUGGCACGUCUCUCUGCGCGCGCGCUUGUUGGGUCAGAGUUCUGUCGUGAUCCAGUCUGGCUAGACAUAUCACUCUCGUUUACACAAUGCCUAUUUACCACAGUCAUAGUCCUACGAACAUUUCCCACAUGGACCUACUCAGUCCUCAGCCGCUGCCUCCCCAGUUACUGGCGUGGUCGGGCCUACCUCCGCAAAGCUCAAACUGUGCUCGGCCCAGCAAUCCAAAACCUCCUUAAGCACCACGACGAGGGUACUUUCACCGCACAGCCCACUGACAGCGUGAUGGCCUGGAUGAUUGAAGGCGCCAAGGGCAUUGACCGUGACGCCGAGAUGCUCACCCGUAGCGAGGUUCUUCUCUCCCUCGCCUCCGUCCACACAAUUCUCAUCCGCCUCACAAACACACUGUACGACCUCGCCGCACACCCUACAUAUAUCGAGGAACUUUGUGCAGAAAUCCAAGACCAAAAAGAGAAAUGGACCACCGACCCCAUGGCCGCAUACUCAAACCUCCACAAACUCGACAGCGUCCUCCGCGAGUCUCAGCGCUUAGCACCAGGGACUACGCUGGGACUAAAGCGUUUGCUUCGUGAAUCAUACAGAUUCACCUCAAUAUCUCCACCCAUCACUGUCAAAAAAGGCACGAUCGUGGCAUUGCCAGUUAUGGCGAUUGAGAAUGACCCGGCUUAUAUCGAUGAGCCUGGACGGUAUGAUCCGCUACGCACGUAUCGGCGUGGGAUGGGACCGAGAACUACUAGCCAGUGGUCGAAUCAACACAGUUAUACCGCUAUCGAUAGGACUGUGUUGGGUUUUGGAUAUGGGAAGUCAGCGUGUCCGGGUCGUUUCUUUGCCAGUUUGGUGCUGAAGAUGGUAUUGGUUAAACUGUUGACGGAGUUUGACUUCAGAUUAGUGCCGGGGACGAGCCGACCAAGGAGCUAUGAGGUGCAUGAGUUUCUGUUUAUGGCACCGUGGGAGAAGUUGCAGAUUCGGAGGCGGUGCUAUACCAAAGCUUAA